AGAAAGUCUUAGAUGGAGGCUGAGCUCCCGAGAAUUUUUCUAUAUGUGUCAUGUCGGUCAAGUUUCCUUUAUCUUGGCACAUUCAUGUUUUGUUUCAUGUAAUGUCCUUCCUGUUUUAGUUUGUAGUUUACUAACCCUUGUCUCUGUCCUCUAGUUUUAUUCCUGUCUGGUCUGCCCUGCCCCCUGUCUCAUCACACCUGCUGCCUGAUUGUGUCUUCCCACCUGUUUCUCAUCACCCUCAUUACCUCUUGUAUUAAACCUCGUGUGUCUCACCAAACCAUUUUUACAGUCCCAGACUAAAAACUAAAAGUCUUAAGUAAAUCUAGGAGUUUUAUCGGAGUCACAGCACACUCCCGUCAUCUCAGUCAUUAAAUUUAAGAUGGUAAUCUGCUCUGUUUCAUCUUAAACAUGUUUGAUAUUAUCACAAGAAGCAGUGGCGUAACACAAACAGCAAUCUUAUGAGCUCUAACAAAAGCGGAAAACGAAAUCUGACAGUCAAAACAAGAAGAAUAAGAAUGUAUGAGGAAUUACUGGCGAUAAAACGUCGAAAGCAGACGGUCCAGAGAGAGGAGCGGGUGGUGAAGAUGUUGGCAGCUCAGCCUCGUCUUUUCAACAUCAACUGCAGGGUUUCCCGUACAGAAUAUAUGAGAUUAGCUUUUGAGAUUUUUAGGAUCUGCAGGAACCCUGGGACUUUAUAAUCUAAAUGAAGAAUGGCUGAUGACUGUCAAAAACUGAGACUAUAAAAUCGAAUCCAUCUAAUAAUCAGGAGUGAAUAAAAAAGAUUUAAACUGUUUCCUGCUCUCAUCACGCUCACACCUGCUUCACGGAUUUGCACAAGAUAAAGUUUCACCUCUAAUUUAUGCACAACACUUAGCAGACAGAUGCUGCGUCAUGGGGGGAUCUUCCAUUUGGGUCUACAUUUGUGGCUCAAUGAGGCUUGUACUGCACACUCAGGUCCACACGCAUUAUCACAAGCAGAGUGAAACCAAAACUAUUAUAUCUCUGUGGAAAUGCGUUGGAUGAAGAUCUAUAUACCUGGCAGAGAACAUGUACUGUACCUGAGCCAUGUAGCUCAUAUUGUAUGUAUUUAUGGAGGGUAAUGGGGAUAAUAGGAUUUACAUGAGCUGUUAAUGUGAAGACACAGGGAGACAGAAUUACUGUGGCAAUCAUUUAAACCGAAAGCAGCAAGAAUCUUGGCACAUUAAACGAUUCCUUCACAGCGACGCACCCAAAACAAUUUCCCGCCUGGGUGACCGUACUUGCUUGUUCUGCGAUCUGAUUAAGCCGGUCGGAGGGGGAGACAAGAGAGAGUUUAGUGGCAGCACUCUCUCACCCCCUCUCUCUAAAGCGUUCAUUCACUCCCAGCUUAGCAUCAGUCAUCUGUAACGAUAAUUGUAAGAUUGAUCCUGACAUGCAUGAGGUUAAUGCCAUCCAUUUGUCAGAUUAAAACUGCUCCUCGAAGAUGCAGGAAGAGUUGCUUCAGCUAUCAGCGCUUUCAUAAUGUGAAUAAUGAUACCUGCAACAGUCUACAAAUAGAAUAAGCCGACUGCUGUGAGCGUGCAUUUAAAGGCUCAUUGCGAUGAAAAUCAGGUUUUUCUUGUUGUCUACAUGUUCAUAUGGCAUUUUUAUGAUGCUACAGGAUAUAUCAUGAGAAAAGUAAGUGUGAAAUUGCAUUUCUGAAUAUUCUGAACAUUCUGUGUAAUUAAUUUCUAAAGUUUGUCCGCAGCUCCAUAGGGAUUGCUGGAGGAGGCGGGAUUUAUGAUCUAUACUGCAGCCCGACACCAGAGGGUGCUGUUCUCGAGGGGGCUUCACCAAGCAAGGAGGCAGACGGCGUUCAUUCUAUACACAGUCUAUGGUUCAGAUAGAGUAAAAUUUUCUAUAGCAAAUCUAAGCUCAGCAUCCAGAGCCUCGCUAUGCAGGCCUGAUUCGGAAGAGUAGAGAGAACGAUCGCAGAACAAGCGUGUGCGUUAGCGGAUUGCAAUGCUCGUAAGAAAGUAUGUAAGAAAGAAAUAAUGAUAUUAAAUUUCAUCACGUCCCCAAAGACAAUACUGUCUGAGAGAUGAAUAGCUUCUAUGUUACCUGCCACUUCUGCUACACCUAGGGUGACCAUAUUCUGACUUUGCAAAAAGAGGACACGACUACCCGGGGGCGGAGUCACGGAGUUCUUUACAAAACCAUGGGCAUUUAAAGGAUUUUAUAAACUUCCCUGUACAAAGCUGGACAGCCCCCCCAAAAAAGAGGACAUGUCCGGGUAAAAGAGGACGUUAAGGUCACCAUAACUACACCGGCAAUGUUAGGCUACAAGCUAAAGAUUACCAUUGACGCGCAAAUGGAGUGAGUAAAUACUAUUCGUUCACGCAUCUAGAUUUGUGCAAAUUAAGUGAGUAGAUGAUUUUACUCACGCUUAUUGUGAGUGCCCUAUUAGGCUGCAAGCUAGUGUAAAGAGGAGUGAGCAGAGAAACACUGUCUCCGCCCACGACUCAGAGGUGAAUUACUAAUGAGCUACUGGAGCUCUGCAGAAGAAAAGCCCUUGAAAAUGACACAGGUAACGUGAUUUUGGCUGAAAACUUCAUAACCACAAUUUAAAGACCACUGAGAACACUUUAAGUAGUAAAAAAAAUGAUCGGAAUGAGACUUUAAGGGGCAGAUGAUGAAAAAAUGGAGGAUGUAUAGAGUGGAGUGCAGAACUAGGUGACACACACAUACACGAGCAAAAACACAUAAUGCCUGAUCGUGACCCUUCACUGUUAUGCAGGCUCCAGUUUUAGUACUUCCACUCAUGCGACUGAAAUCUUGAUAACGUGUUUCUCAAAAAGAUACUGACAGCAUGAAUCAAACCCUAUUAACCUCAAUCAGGGUCGGACAGGCGGCUCUGGUCCUGACAGGAAACAAAAUUAGAGAUGUGAGAGAUACUUUUAUUUGAUUGGAUAAUUAAAAUGACAACAUUUUCUUAAGUUCCGGUAUUAAAACUCACUCCAUUUCGUGUAAAGAUAACCGAGCACUCCCCUUUUUUGUCACUUGGCCAUUUUGUUUAAGUUUUUGCUUUGAAGAGAUGCUUUAUCAGCGUUGUCCCACUUCACACUGAAUGAAACACUCUUCCAAACAGAGAGCGUGUCAGUGGAAAGUAUUUAAAGGUCAUAAAGAGAUAAUAGAUACCUAAUUCAAAAAUGUGUCAAGCAUUCAGUGAGGAGUAAGAGAAUAAAGACGAAAACAUUUUCAUGGACCAUUUGGAUGUAUUCUCUGUAGAAACCAUUUUAAUUAUACUGAUUUACAGCUCAUUAUUAAAAAUUAAAGGCUUUGAUCAGCACACAUUUGGUCAACAGAUGCCUGAUUAUGCCGCUACCUCUUUUGUUUAACCCUGGAGAAAUAUUAAGUGCUUUAUUAAUAAAAAAGGAUUUCAGGUUUGGUAUUUUAUUACUCCAGUAAAAAGGAGAUUCAGAACGUGUGAGAAUGAGAGUUACAUAUGAUAUUGGCACUUUUAGACACGCCUCAGUUAGAAAACUCAUCUACAGGGAAAUAGAGAAGGGCUGAGUUCAUUUAGCUGUUUCAUGUUAUAUAUUCCUUAUCAGUGAUUCUUAUCGGGUUUUUUUUAUUUCAAGACACUCUGACUGCAGACCUCCACUGAGUGAACCAGAAGUUGAUUUGAUUCAAAAUGAAAGCGAAUAUACCGGGUGAACAUUAUUUAUUUUAUUUAUUUAUUUAACACAAGAAGUUGUUUCAUAGCCUUUCAAAACAAAAGCAAAUAUACCAGGAGUACUUUUUUUUUUCUUUUUAAUUUUACAUCAGAAGUUGAUUCGAAGCCUUUCAAAAUAAAAACAAAUAUACCUGAAGAACGUUUAAAAAAAAAAAAAAAAAAAUCUUAAGUAAGAAGUUGAUUCAGAGCCUUUCAAAAUAAAAAUGAAUAUACUGGGAGUACGUUUUCUUAUUUAUUUAUUUAUUUAAUUUAACAUUUUUACAUCAGAAGUUGAUUCGAAGCCUUUCAAAAUAAAAACAAAUAUACCUGAAGAACGUUUAAAAAAAAAAAAAAAAUCUUAAGUAAGAAGUUGAUUCAGAGCCUUUCAAAAUAAAAAUGAAAAUACUGGGAGUACGUUUUCUUAUUUAUUUAUUUAUUUUAUUUAAUAUUUUUACAUCAGAAGUUGAUUCGAAGCCUUUCAAAAUAAAAGUGAAUAUACUAGGAGUACAUUUAAAAAAAAAAAGUUUUCUUAAAUAAGAAGUUGAUUCAAAGCAUUUCAAAAUAAAAGUGAAUAUACUGGGAGUAUGUUAUUUAUUUAUUUAUUUUAAUUAAUUAAUUAAUUAAUUAAUUAAUUUAUUUAUUUUUACUUUGGAAGUAGUUUGAAGCCUUUCAAAAUAAAGGAAAUAUACCAGGAGAAUUUUUUUUUUUUGUCUCUUUUUUUUUUUUUUUACGUAAGAAGUUGAUUCAAAACCUUUCAAAACAAAAGCCAACAUACCGGCAGUUUUAUUUUGGGGGGCUUCAUGAAUAUAAUUCUAAUCUGAUUUUUUUUGAGUGUGUGUGCAUUCAUGUGUUCAACAAAGACAAAAUACCAAACAGGAUGACCACUUCAAACUAACUGGAGCGUGUGAGAAAAAAAUGUCACCUCGGGUCCUGACAGUGGAGGUUUGCAGCCAGACCCCUCUCGUUUUUUUCCCCCUUUUAACAACAGUUCAGAGUUCAGACAGAGCCAACAUCAGAGCUUCUAGGAGGACGAAUCGCAACAGUCAAAUUUUGGUCGAGAAUACAGAAAAAGAAGUACUGCUCCCACCCAGGCUAUUAAAGCUUCACGUUCGCUUAAUUCUCAGUUCUGGUCAUGAUAAAGACUCUCUAUUCCUGAACCAAACCCAUGAGUCUUUACUCCAUGUCUAAUGAAUGGUAACCUUUACGAUUAGUCACACUAAGUUACAGGUAAUUGGGAGUUAAAUACAAAAUUAGAAUAUGUAAUUUACCAAAUAAUUGGAGCCAUUACACAAGAUAGGAAACACUUAGCAUAUGGUAAUUUAGUUAAAGCACUAAUUGUGUGACCCAUUACUUCAAGUUAAUGCAGUGUGGGAUCAAGAUGGGAAAUAAGCAGAUUUUCUUUAAUGUAAAUUAUUUUAUCUCUUAUUCUACUCUCCUCAACCUUUGGAACCAGUUGUAAAUAUCUGUUCUGCUGUAUUACUCUAUUUGGUACAACAGAGGAGCAGAUCCACAUUUUAAAUGUCAUGGACAAACUAUUUUAUGUUUUAAUCUGUUAUCUUUAAGACUUGGGCGGUGUUCGAUUUGGUUUGUGUGCCUCUAGCAUUUCAGAUGAGAGUAAUCUGCAACAGAAGACUUCUCUGUUAUUUGAGGUGUCUAUGAAAAUGUCUGUCAGACUUGAACCUGAGAUCUACUAUGAGAGGUACCCAGAUGAUUUAACUUAUAUUUAGACCCUAAAGGGGUCUACUUGCAUAGACACAUUCCAGUGUUUCCCCGAUAGUGUAUUUGGUGCCCUGCCCUGCCAAAGAGAUCCUAACCCAGAAACUUAAGAUGUAGAUUAUGAAUUAAAUUUUUAUUUUGAUCAAAACGACCAAUAAAAUAUAAUUCGCACAAUUUCAGACUCUAAAGCUUGCAAUUGUUUCAUUGCUUUAAAGAAAACUGUAUCUUUCAGCUCCUCUGCGACAAGCGGGACUUUCGACUCGAUCCUCUCUCUAUCUUAAGACAAACACACAUACUGACAUGAUGUGCUGCGUAGUUCAGAGGCGCGGUCAGCUACACUAAUUCUGGUAUUCUGGUCAUGAGCACUUGCCGCUUAUACACUGCCAGUUUUUGCGCAGGACGGUUUUGAUAAUUCAGGGUUCUGGCUACUUUCUCAGAAGGACAGAACAGCACCUAACUUCAUCUACAGUACAUAUAGGGUCCCAGCUAUAGUACUAGCCACCAAACAUCUUUUUAACUUUGACUAAUUUCUUUAGCAAAGAGACUAAACACAACACACCUGCCCUCUUCCAGCAGCACCUUGUUUGUAGCGAGACCUCAUAUCAUAAAUGUUCUUCCUUGAGCUGCGUCACACCACUGUAGUCUGUAAUAGACUGGCCUGAGGUCUGUCGUUUUGUGGCGUUUUGGUUGAGGUUUGUGUAUGGCUCCUCAGACCGCUGUGUAUUGUUAUCAUGCCGUCGUUACUAAAGUUAUAAAACUAGAGAAGCAAGCAGUCUGCAACAUUCAUCUCUCAAGGGGGGUGUCUAACUUGGUGUUACUGUGUGUUUGACCCAAAAUUUAUUUUACGCUGGAACAUCCCUUUAAGCAUCUUUCCCAGCCUUAAAAACAGCACUCGCUCAUCUCCCACCACCCCGUAUGACAAAGACAUGCGUCAUACAGGGUGACGUACUGUAUGUCUACAUCGUACGUCUUUGGACUAUAACAAACAGAGGGAGCAGCCAGAGGUUGCGCUCUAUACAAACUGCUUUUAGAUUUUAUUCUGUAAAAGGUUUAAACUUUGUGUGGUAUGUCCUCAAGUUUUCUGAAUGCACAUCUAUGGAGGAAAUCUACUGGAUACGGAUGUUCUGUUUUUAUGAAUUUCCACAGGCCGUAUUAUGUAGAGUGGGAUAUGCCCACAGAGAUGAGAUGCAGCACUUUGGUAUUUGCAAUUGGAAAUUACAGACUUUGCUCAUCCACUUACCGGUACUAAAUUACAUAUGGACACAUCUAUUCAACCACACACUCUCAAAGAGGCUUUUACAGUGUCAUACAACUCUCUGUGAAGGCAAAAGUAUUCAGCGAGAUAGUAACAGACAUCAAAUAUCGUGUUUACUUUGAAACACUGAUGUGCUGGGCUCCAGUCCAACGACAGCCACUCUUACAACUAUCGCACAACUCCCUCUCUGCCUCACUCUUUUCUUCCCCGCCCUUAAACACACACAGCACCACACAUAAGCUCCAACUACCUUCUAUUCUGGUGAUCAUAAUUAUUUGAUGACAGAGCUUCUGGUUUCUCAACCACGCUUUUGUACACUCGAUCUGGAUGUGAAUUAUUUAGCAUGGAGAGCUAGAAAGGUGGUCCCUAAAAAAACAGCAGGUGCAGUCAAACACUGGAGGCAGGACACACAGAGAGAGCUUUAUCUCAACUACUCAUCCACCCACCUCUUACACACAGCUCUUCAGUCGUGCUCUCAUACCCUGUGCUUACAUCUAGCUGCAUACCAAUACAUUCUUUCUUCAUCCAUUCGCCACUUCGUCCUUUUAAUCACACCAGCAAACCCUCGGUGUCAAGCUGAUGUCGAUUCGCCCCAGGUGAGAAGUUCCUUGGAUGGACUGACCCCUCCCUGCGUCCCUGUUCUCAAUCAGCCACCAUGGAGGAGCUCCAGAGAAAACUGAACCAGCGCUAUGAAGGCACCAAGCCCAGAAAGGUGAGUUGUUUACUUGGAUGGAUUUUCAAGUGUUUUCAUGACUGUACAGCGCUGAGAUAAAAAAAAGACAUAUUGAGGUCAUAACUGAUCUUUCUAUCUGUGGGUCUUGUAGACGGUUGUCUUAACAUCAAAGUCAUGUUUCCUCACAUUGUAUCACCAAUCGAUGAAGCCGGCGUGUCUGACGUCGUCAAACCGACAGAAGGACUUGUACAGGAUGUUAACUUGCAUAUUGAAAUGCUGACAGUGUUUGAAUCCGCCUGAUCCAAAAGCGUUUUUCUUUCUCCACUUAUAUUCUAAUUUUCUACUCUGGAUUUUAGUCAUACAGCAGUCAGCGUUCAAGUGCAUUCAAACAGCGAGUAAAAAGGUGUCACCUUUGACUCAAAACCACAGGUGAGAUUCAAGCUGGCGUCGUCAUACAGCGGUCGGGUGCUGAAGCAUGUCUAUGAAGAUGGUCAGGAGCUGGACAGUCCAGAGGAGAAAUACCCUCACAGCUUUGUUCACCGCAAGAUCCCACCCAGUCACCUGGAGAUGGAGCAGCUCUGUGGCUUUGAGGAGACUCAUGGUGACCAAGAGGGUGAGUGAGAAUCUAUCUGGUAAUCUACUGUAUCACUAACUGUAUGUUAAUGCUAAGAGUUGUAUUUGUAGUCUGCUCCUCUUGGUUUCAAUUUAGGCUGCACUAAACUUUAUUUAUCUGUCAUAGUAAUAAACUCACUUGGACACCUAAGGACUAACGGCACAAGAACUUUCUUUAUUUAAAUAUAUUAUUACUCUCAUUAAGCUGUUUAAAAGCUAUUUUCUCCACACAUAAAAAUGUUAGAUAGGGCUGCUUCCUCUGGCCUUACAAUUGCAUUUCAAUCACUGUAAUUCUUCACCCCAGUAGGCUAUAUGGCUGAGAUGCUCAGACAGGCCGUGAGCAUGCUAAAACUGCAUAUACUGUAUGUGUAUAUGUUCACACAUAAGAUGCACCAGAUUGUAAAGCGCAUUGGCGCAUUGAUUGUUUUUUGUUGCUAGCGCAUACUCUGGGCCCGGGCUGCCCUACAUGAAUGCACUUUUAGUUCAGACGUAACAGUCAGGCAGUGUUGUAGACUGCUCAGGGGUCCUGUUACGGGGCCAAUUAGGUAGUGACACAGCGUACCGAAAUGCUCUGAAUAUCCAUUAAGCGGAGUGGCUUCGUUGCUUACGAAAGUCGUACAUGUACGUUGUGUAUGUAUACACAUUUCAACAGAUUUUUGGGUGCAUUGUACCACAAAAAAUCAGUCAGUAAGCACAACAAGUAAUCAUACAGAAGGCGCGCUGGAUUAUAAGGCGCACUGCCAAUUUUUGAUGAAAUCUAAGGAUUUUAAGUGCGCCUCAUUGUCUGUAAAAUACGCUAUGUUAAGGAAAGCUGGAGCUAUAACAAGCAAACCUUUCUUGGCAAAGCUUUUCACAAAGAGAAUUAAGAGGGGCUAACCCUGCCAUCUCCAAAGUUCACAUCGCUAACCUCCAACUGUAACUGAAGAGGCUCUCGUUCUUAGCUGGCUAAUAUUUGACCUGCUGUAAGAAGGUUAAAUUAAAAGUAGCCAUAGGUUUUCCUGCACUGGUUUACCAGAAACCAUGUUAUAUAAGGUGUCCAUAUUCUGAAUCCCCAAAAAGAGAACACAACUACACAGGAUUGGAGUCGCACAGUCGUGCAUAGUAAAUUUUGAGAGUUUUUUGGGUUGGGUUGAAUGUUUUUUACUCACACGUCACAAACUCUAAACUUCCGUUCAAAACCUCGCACAUUUAAAGGAUUUUAUAAAAUCCCACGGACAAGGCCGGAUAGCCCCCCAAAAAAGGACAUGUCCGGGUAUAAGAGGACGUAUGGUCAAUCUAUGUUAUAAAAAUGUGAUUUUGAAAAUGGACAACUUGGCCUUCUUCAAAACAUGAGUCAAACAAGCAUGAUGUAAAUAGAGGACUUGGUAAGCCUAUCAUCUUAGCUGAAAAAGCUAGCAUAACAUAGGUGUUUUUUGUCAUUGUAGACCAUCAUCCCAAAGUACAUGACUUGUAAGCACAUUUUUACAAGAUCUUUGUUUCUCUGUAGUCUGCAAGUUCCACUGACAACAUGCUUUAUGUUGUACCCAGGUGUCUGUCCUCCCACAGGACUCAUUGCCCAGAGAAUAAAUGUGUACAGAGGAAUGAGUGGGUACAAACCGUCUGCAGGCCAGACUGAGGAUACAGAGGGAGAUGGCACAGUAAGUAACGCUGCUUGCAUGGUUUUGAUUUCAUUACAUUUUGAUAUUAAUCAACAUCAACUUAGAUUGGAUCUCUCACCAGCAGAGCCAUUUGUCUGUCAGAAUGUUAAGUACUUGGAUCUGUCUUAAUGUCUUAAUUCAUUUCCCGGUGCCGCCUAAAUGGACUGGAAUCGGAAAAUAAUACGAUUUUUGAUGGAUGAAAAUAAAAUGCCCAUCUCUGCACAUAAUUGGAUGUGAUGUGAAAUAGUUGGGUAGCAGUUUAAAACAUUGAAUCAAAUUUUUUUAGAUACUUGCAUGCACGCGUUUAAGAGUAAAGUUGAUUAAAUUUAUCACUUUUUUUAGCUCUCAAAGUACUUCACUACACAUUAAAAUAUAAUAAAAGCAACAAUAAUAGAAAAAAAACAAUACUUAAAUGGACCAGGACAAAAAUAUAAUUGCAAUUAUACAUAAUAAAAUUCAAUGGUCAAAUGCCAGUUAUAGAAAUAACACAAUCGGUUUACAGCCGUACACAUUAAUGGCUAAGAUGCUUAGAAUCUGUUUAAUAUUUUCAUGAUUUUGUUUGAUUCGUGCGUCUCCAAAUCCAUUAAAUUGAGCUUGAUUACUGCAAUCACUCUUUGGAUAGACUUACAUAAAGGGAACUGCUAUUUUGGAAGGGUUGGCAUACCCAGCAGAACAUUGCAAGCCUACAUAUGCUAAAAGGAGACAUGCCAAAAUAAACACAUGCUGGAUUACCAGCCAACAGAAUGCAUUUCGGUAAUUAAUUCCUACAUCUUUAGAGCAAAACAAGCAAUCAAGACUUAAAUAAGACCAUCCUUGGGUGAUCAUAGAAUUAGCUACAUGCUGUUCGGUACAAACUGUACAACAAUUAAAGAGGAACAAUGACAGCAACAAACUAGUUAAUCUGACAGGAAAAAAAGGCGAUGUUACUGAGCUGCUGUGACAGUGGCUUCAUUAGUGCAGUGGGCUGAGAGGGAGGUCAGCUACAUCGCCUGCUGGCUUAGUGUCAGUUUCAUUCUUUUAUCCUCUAAACAAAGGCAUGCUCUGCUCUGGUGACCGAGGCCAGUAUUUAUCACAUUAAUCAGUGAAAAACAGCAAUCUGAAUUAAGUUUAUCCUUUUUGGACCUUUAAUGAAAGCAACGCACAGUGGUCAACGAGGGCGCAGCGGCUGUCUAAUGAGUUUCUCCCCUACAUGACUAAAAUGCUAUAUCCCUGUGUUUUAUAAUAAGGAAGAUUUCACAAAGAAGAGUGUGUGAUUGGCUCAUUUCAAAAAGUAUCAAAACAGAAACUUUUUGUGCCAGAAAAUAAAGUUUGGAAAUGUCAGAAUUAACACCAGGACAUCAUCUGUGACUCAGCAGAAAUGUCGCUUUAGCUGCAAAAUGAGGGGAUGUACUUCAAGCAGAAGUUAGUGACAGUAUAACUGAAUUUCUGUGAAUUUGCAUGAAUUAAAGUUGGACUGACAUGUAACUCUACUAGUUAGAGAAAGAAAAAAAAACUUGAUUAUUUGCAAGAAAAAAUGUUUUUACUGAGGUAAACAGUUUAAGUAACAAGUGAAAACGACAUAUCAUACGACAUCUUCCUUUGUCAUUCUGAGUUCACUGCCGUGGCAACAGUGUUUGAGAUUGAUGGAUAUUUUGGAAUUUUUUCUGUAUUCCAGUUACCUCGGAAGUCCGAUGUCGGAGUUGGGAAUGACGUUACACCCGAGUUGACGGCGUUGCGGUAAACAAGUCAGAAAACCAAGAUGGACGCCUACUGUUAGCCGUUACAGUUGUUGUUAAUAAUUGUCAGUCUUCGAUAGUGGUUGUUAGCUUUUGUUAGCCGUUGUCAGUUGUUGUUAGUGGUUUUCAGUUGUUGAAAGCUGUUUUCAGCUGUUGUUAGCCGUUUUUUCACAAAUGUCAGCUAUUUUUAGCUGUUGUUAACAUUUGUCAGUUGUUGGAAGCUGUUGUCAGUUGUUGUUAGCUGCCAACUGUUAGCUGUUGUUAACAAUUGUCAGCUGUUGUUAGCCGUUGUCAAUUGUUGUUAACAGUUGUCAGCUGUUGUUAGCGGUUGUCAGUUGUUGUUAGCGGUUGUCAGUUGUUGUUAGCUGUUGUCAGUUGUUGUUGGUGGUUGUCAGCUUUCGUUAGCCAUUGUUAGUUGUUGUAAACAAUUGUUAGUUGUUGUUAGCGGUUGUCAGCUGUUUUUGGCCUCCAACUGUAAGCCGUUACAGUUGUUGUUAGCAGUUGUUGUUGGCGGUUGUCAGAUGUUGUUAGCCUCCAACUGUUAGCCGCUGUUAGCCUCCAACUGCUAGCUUUACCAGUUGUCAACAGUGCAUACCACAGAAUUUUACUCUUACAAACACCAUAACAUUGUGUUCACAGUUAGACGUUGGGCAGUACAACAUAUACCACUUAUUUAAUUUCACAAAAACAAAACAGAAGUGCUAAUAAAUAAAACUUUACAAGAGCUUUCACUGUUACUUUUUACUGUUGAUGCACUGCGCUGCCAUCUUGGAUAAUGAUGUUGUCGUCUAGUUGGGGGUGGUGAGGAUCGUCCGACUUUCCGAGUUGGAGGUCUGACUCAGAGCUCGGAAAUCCCGACUUCUGAGUACAACUGGAACGCAGCAUUUGAGACACCUACUAGCUUUCACGACACACUCGCCAUGUUUACAUGUGCAAAAUUUCUUGAUCCGAUUAAUUAAAAAUUUGAGGGAUCAGAAAAUCUGAAUUAGCUGUUUAUAUUGCCGCAAAAUCAUCAUCAAUCUGAGCCUGAUCUGUGUAUAAAUGCACCAAUUGGCCCUUAACUGUUUUUAUGGCCAUUCAUUACUGUCAUUACCCCUCUAACAUUCAGGUUUGCAGUAUUCCGCCCCUCUUCCCCUUCAGUCCCAUGUACAUUUGAAAGAUCGAGAGGUUCCUCCAUAAAGAUCUAAAGUAUAUUUCCAGAAUAACUGCAUUUCUUAAAUCCUACAAUAUACAACCAGCAGCUCAUCAGAACAGAAAGCAGCUGUACAACAUGUUGUGUUUUGCAGAGCUGCAAAACCCCUUCUGAGAUUCGGGGAUUUAAGAAAAAAAAAAAAAACAUCUGUGCAAAGGCCAAAUAGAGUAGUUCGUGUUAAGAUGUGCCACACGCUGUUAAUUUGAACUGAUGCAGGAUUUUCUCUUCUCUUUAGUCCUCGGUUCUUGAUUUUGGCAAGAUAAUUAUCUACACCAGCAAUCUGCGCAUCAUCAGAGCACCGCAGAGGAACCCUGAAGCGUUACGGCACCACACUGUACCUUCUGUGGACUUAGAGGGAUACCCAAAGGCAAGGGAGAGGGGGAGCAGGAGGAGGGCGAAAGUACUCCAUACACAGGACGGGGGAGAGAAACAGAUCAGCGACUCGGAGACUAAGGUAAUGAUCCAUGGCCAAAUUAUUCUCAGUGGUGUGGUAGGUGUUUUAUCACCUCGUUCCUGUUUCCUGGUGUUCUCAGUCUCACCACGUGUUCCCCUCCAUCCCUCUACCCCUCUCUAUUCCCCUGCAUACGUCUCCACUCAUCCUUUCUCCACUUUAUCUUUGCUUUGAAGAGGAUAACAGCGGGGUCUUCUGUGCACCCAUAUUGUUGCAAUUUGUUCCUUUGCACAGAGGGGUUUUUUUCUUCCUCGCAUCCCACAAUCUCCUCUGUGUUUCCUUGUAACUGCCACCUUCUUUGUGCCCCCACCCGCUGCAAUAACCACCAUCCCAUUGUCCUGGUGUUAUCUGUCAACUGUGAACAGAUAGUGAUGAGUCCACAGUUUUACUCUGCCCUUGCAGCAUUUGCUUGCCACUUGCCAGCCUGCAAGGAUACCAAGUUCCAGCUCCUAUCCCCUCCCUCUCUCCUCCCUGGCUGAUUACUCUUCUCUUCUCCUGACUCCUUCCAUCCUUUUCUCACCUCACUCGUUAUUUUCUCAUUUCUCUCCAUCUCCAGAAGAAGAAAAAGUUCAUCUCAGCUUUCUUUCAUUAUUUGGCAAUCUCACUCCUCUUUUAUAGUUUCUGUUCUUUAUCAUCUUUGCCUUUGUUGCCUAAAAUCCAAGGUAGUUGAUUUUUCAUCGUCUUCACAUAACUCAGGCUUCGAUUUAUACUCAUCAUGUGCAUGCAGCCUGCAAUCUACACCGAGAUAUUCGCCGGUGAUACAACAGCUGAAUAUUACAAUGUAGUGGGUGGAAACAUCGCCUCCUCUUCCUGCAGCUUGAACUAAUGUAGGUGAGAAUGAACAGUGAAUUGUAAGACAAAGCACCAACUUUCAGCCCUGUGUGCAACUUUUGCGUACUUCAGCUGAGAAAGCUCACCUGACGCUGCUUUAAAAUACAACACCUGAACACCUGCAGCAAUAAAUCGUGGACCAUAAUGAAACCUGAAAAGCAGUUUUUGGCAAGUUUUGUUGUUGUUGUCGUCAGCCCAUUACACAGCCAAUGAGAGCACCAGGAUCGAUUCUUGCAGGAUUCUAGAUUUGACCAACAGGAAAAAUUUGUCAAAAAACAAAAAUAAUUAUAAUCCCGCAACAAAAAACUGUCUGUUUUGUUAAAGUUGGCGUAUUUCAAGACAAGUGCAGCUUAAAUUGUUCCAAGCUAGUCCAAAUUAACAGCUCAUAGAGAUACUGAAACUUCCUUUAAGUGAUACUCAGAAGGUUUUCAACCAGCUCACAUGGAAAACCCAGCUGGGGCAACACUGCUGCACUCUCAUUAGUAUUUUAGUGUGUGUGUGGUCAGGUGACACCGAAGAAAGGCAGCUUAAGUGUGCAUGGUGGUUGGAUGAACCAAACAACACAGGACAGAGGAGUUAUACCAACUUUAGUAAUGAUCGCACAAUAGCAAUGUCUUAAUUAAACCCUGCAUUAAACUACUGAAUGUAUUGAAUGGAUUCAUUUAAAUGAAAUAGUGAAGAUCUAGACACUUAUUAAGGUGGAAAACUAGAGAUUUUUGGGGAAAAAAAACCCAAUAUAGCUUUGAAACUCAUAAUUGUUCUUAGAAUAUUAAACCCUUUCUUAAAGGGGUAUUCUGGCAUAAAUUUAAGUUAUGGUCAAAUACAGUGUAACACCGAGUUAGACACCCCCUCGAGAGAUAAAUGUUGCCGACUGCUCGCUUCUCUAUUUAUACCAACUUUAGUAAAGACCGCACGAUAGCAAUACACUGCGGUUUAUGUCUCCACACGCAAACCUCAACCAAAACGCCACUCUAUAGCCACAAAUAAUGCUCAGAACAGCACCUAACUUCAUCAACAGUACAUAUAGGGUCCUAGCCACAGUACUAGCCAUCAAACAUCUUUUUAACUUUGCCUGAUUUCUUUAGCAAAGAGACUAAACACAGCUCACCCACUCUCCUCUAGCGGUCGCUAAUUUGUGGGGGAGCCCUGACGAGUCGAUCACCGAGUGCAGCGGAUCAUUUCCAUGAAGUAAUAAUCAUCAUAAUAUAAUCAUGAUCAUUUUGCGCUGCAGACGUUGUAGUUUUUCUGCCAUAGCGUGCAAUGAUCAUAAAUGUUCUUCCUUGAGCUGCAAAACUCUGAUGCACUUGGUGAUCGACUCAUCAGGGCUUUUUGGUUGAGGUUUGCGCAUGUAGACGUAGACUGCUGUGUAUUGCUAUUGUUCGGUUGUUGCUGAAGUUGGUAUAACUAGAGAAGAAAGCAGUAGGCAACAUUCAUCUCUCGAGAGCGUAUCUAACUCGGUGUUACAGUGUGUUUGACCAUAACUUAAAUUUACGCCGGAAUAUCCCUUUAAAUACAAAUAAAAGCAUAACAAACCACUCGACAUUUACAGAUGGAAAUCACACUCUACAUCCUCACAGACCUCACCGCUCCAUGAUCAUCUACAGGCCGCUGCUGGUUAUUGUCAGUUCUGCAGUAAUGAACAGCUGCUUAUAAAAAAAUGACCAACCAGCUGAGCAACAUGCUGUAACACAACUACUCAGAGAAUGGAUUUGAUUAUAGAGAACACUGAGAAAAGUCCUCCAUGUGGUUACAGCUUGUUUUGUGUUUGCAGGCUGGAGCUGUGGUUAUGUUUGCUGUUAAUAGGCUAAAUGUGAGCGAUGCAUUUUAAUCAGUUUUAAGUCAGUAAGCAGAAUAUUUAAAAUGUUUGUUAGUCAGGCGUUAAGUGUGACAUUUAGAUUAACAUUAUCGUUAAGUAAUUGCCGUCUAAUUUCCCUCUCCAGCUCAGUCUUUGUGCCUCCAUCUCAAGUCUUUUCUCCAUCCUAACCUUUCCCUUCCUUUUAACCCUUCGCUAACCUCACAUCUCAUCUUCUCUCCUCACCUACGCCGUCUCCACCUCUCCCCCUCCUCUGAUGGCGUUUUUCUUCUGUCUCCAGGAGGCCGACAGCUGCCAGCAUUGUGGCGGCUCGGGCUGCGCUCCCUGCUCUCUGUGUCACGGCAGCAAGCUGUCCAUGCUGGCCAACCGCUUCAACGAGUCCAUCAGUGAUCUGCGUUGCCAAGCCUGCUACCCCCAUGGUCUGGAGAAGUGCCAGUCCUGCUCCAGCAAAUAGCACCGUUUGGCUGACACCCAUGUUUGGCAGAGAGCUAGAAAGGGGAGAGAGAGAGAGAGAGAGAGAGAAUGAAUGAGAGUGUGUAGCUGUGAGUGAGCGUGCUAUCAGUUCAUCUGGAUUGUCUCAGCAGCAAUUUUACUCUAAUCCAAAAAUGUUCUUGGUGGGGCUUUUUCGGAGCACUUCUAGGAAACAUAAGCCAUCACUGCGAAGAAGAAUCGCGACUGUGCAGCGGGGACAAAAUCAUAAAAUACAAUUACCGUUUGCUGUGAACAGGGCUUGAGAUAACACGUUUAUCACGUUUUGUCACAUUAUUUUUCAUCUGCAUCCGCUUUUCUGAUAAAGCGGACGGAGUUAUCACUUUAAUUAAAAUGAUGCAAAUGUUUUGGUUUUUAUUUCAGCUAUUGGGCAGGCUGCCCUUUUCCUAUCUCUGCUCUCUUUUCAAAACACAGAGGGUGAAACCUGCUGCAUUCAAACAUGAUGUACUGGAUGAGGUUAUAGGAUGCUUUUUGAAACGGAGCACAGAAAAUUUUGAGGCUCAGAUAAACAAAGGAAAUUGAAAUACCGACUGAAACAGAGGAAAAUAAAAGUUGACGGCACAAACAAAACAUCAGCCAAGUGCGAGUGUGCUCAUCCCAGCAUUUGAAAAUGGCACUUUAAGAGGUUUAUCACUUCUGUUUGUAAAUCUAAGAGAGGAGAAAACAUAAGAGGGAAACAUUUAAAUACACCAACAUGUAUUAAAGACAUACUCAGCUGGACAUUUAGAUUUUUUUUAAAAUUUUUAUUCUACGUUAUUUAUUUAUUUAUUUUUUAACCAGGGAGAUCCUGCAACCAUGAAAGCUUUUUAGACGUCUAAAUUUAGACCAAGUUUAGACUAAAUCUAAAUCUGGGCUAUAUCUAUAUACACUGUAUAUUGCUCAACGGCUAUCGUAAGUACUUGGAGAUCAGUCAUGCAACUCAUAAUUGCUUUUUCAAAUAAAUAGUUAUCGAAUAAUUGGUUAAAGUGCAUCUAAAUUCUGUCUAAAAAUAUACAGAAUCUAGACGGUUGAAAUUAGGUCUAAAAAAAAAAAAAAAAAAAAAAAGGUCUAAUAGCCGUUUAUUGCUCAGUGGGUUUGUGAUAAAAAAUCUGUUAAAGAAGGCAGUAAUAAAGACUUUUAAGUGAUUUCAUUCUCAUGUUAUUGUCAGUCCAAUUUGAUUUAAAGCUUUAUUGACAAAGUUUCAGUAAAUAAACAAAGUAAAAAAAAACCUCAUUAAUUUGUGCCUCUUCUUUUAAUGGCUCCUUUAACCGCUGCCCUAAAUUACAAACUUGUUCAUAAAGGUAGGAUAUGUACAUCAGUUAUGAAGGUGGAAUAUGAAAAUCAAAAUUGAGAAAUCAAACGUCUCCCUCAGGCUUUUAAGUUUCCUCAAAGAUAAAGGGUAAAAAUCUGACCAAUCAGCAACAGUAACUACCGCGCUUUCUCACCAGUCACCAGUAGUGUUGAAUAUUUGAUUCUGAUUGGUCAAAAUCUCAUACCAAUGGCAAUCCAUUCUGAGUGGUGAUACCAUAGUGAAUUUUGACAUAAUAACCAUAGACUGUAUAUAGAAUGGACGUCGUCUGCCUCCUCACUGGGUGAAGCCACCCUAGAACAGCACCCUCUGGUGACAGGCUGCAGUAUAGGUCAUAAAUCCCGCCUCCUCCAACAAUCCCUAUAGAAUUGUGGACAAACUUUUGAAAUUAAAUACAAGUCAUAUCAUAUUUUUUCCCCCCCUGGUUGCAAUGUUGACAUGUAGUUACUGUCAGACUGGUUUGUGCUCAAGUCCUCUUUUUUCUGUACAGCUCCAUUUUAAAAAAUAAUUAGGGGUUCAUGUUUUCAAUGAUUGACACUUGAUACAGCCUAUUGGUGUAUGAAAUUUGCGUAGCUAACCCGGGGGAUACGCUGUUUGAGCCAAGCGUCAUCACAGCGACUCUCCCGCCGAAUACGUACAACACUACUGCGCCAGUGGUGGUUUCAGGAAGUGGAAAAAAACCUGGAAAUACUGAGAGCAAUUCGGCUAAUUCGUAUAAUGACAGAAGGCGGAGCCAAGUUGUCCAUAGUAUAUACAGUCAAUGGUAAAGACUUUAAAAUUAAAGCUCCUGUGAGGAACUUUUGGUGUGUCAAUUUUGCCGAACCCCCAAACACAGUAAACAACGCAGUCUUGGCUUAUCUUGUCAUCUUCAUAUUUAAGUAGUGUCAACUAACUUUUGACUGAUUGUUUAUUGUGGAUAUCUAACAGACAAUAUAAAUACAGGGCUGACUCCUAGCCUCUCGCACAGGUUUCAGGUGUUAAAAAUGACAAAAUAAAUAUCUGAAGGUCUUCUUCACUUCUGUAUAUCAUAAAAAGGUUUCAAUGCAAAUUUUAGUUUAUUUAAUAAAUGUAGGGGGAAAAAGCCUCCCCUGGAGCUAAUAUAAAAAAGCGAUGUUGAAUAAUUUAGAGGGACUAACAUUUAAAUGUACAAAUUAUUAUUUUCUUUUUUAGUAAAAUCCUCUUUUUAUGAGUAUCUUUGGUUGAAUGACGGGUGAUGAGCAGAAUAGUGUAUCAGGAGUGGGUGGUCAUGUAUAAUAGAAUCCCUGCUCACUGUUCAGUUUCACUUCCUGGUGAUUUGGUGGGUUCAUGGUGUCACGGCAGCAUGAAUCAUGGUGUCGCUCACCAAAGUAACAUCACUCUGACACAGUAAAGACAUGGAGGUCGAGCAUCUGUGGUGUGGAUUAACAGCUUCUGUUGUCGUCUACAUAAGGACCCCCUUUUAUUUCACAUCGCCAUGGCCUCUCAAUUCAGUUGAAUCAGCUGUUUUAUUCUGAUUAAAGUGUCUGUAUGAGUCAUUUUCAUCCCAUUUGAGUCAUUUUUCUACUCUUCAUUGUUUAGGAGUGGUCAUGUAAACCCAACUGUCCAUGCACUGCACCCAGAUUGCUUUGUUUUUAUUGUCCUAUGCCUGGAAACAAACUGGAGCCACACCAUAAUAAACAAUAAAGACGGGAAUUACUUCCUUU